AUGUCGCCGACGGCGGUGCCACAACAGAUGCACAUGCCGGCGCCGCAACCACCAGAUAAUGUCACCGGAACUCGUCGCCCACCUACUGGAUCAUCAUCACCGAAUGGCAAGGGAGAGAAAGAAACACAGCAGCAGAAAAAAAGAGUACGUAGUAUGGAUACAACCUAUAACAAACUCCCCGGCGGCUCGUCGGCUGGGGGAGGGGGAUCUCAAAACACCACCACGGACGAGGCUAUGCUUGAAGAAGGGGCUACGAGGGGUGAGUGGGGGAAUGGAAGGAGGCUUUUGCCGACCUGGAAGAGGAUGAAGGCUGGUAUAUAG